GACAAAACCAUUUUCGAAGAUUGUUUAUUAUCAAAAAAUAUUCUUCUGAAUUUGCUUGCGAACGUAAACUUUUCAAUUUAUCAAAUUUACUAGAGUUCAAGGCUAUUAUUCCGCAAAGGAGCUCAUUAAAAACUAUAAUUGAUAAAGAUUAAACUCGGUGUAAACUCUAAUAGAAAGCUCUUCAAAAAUGAAUUCAUUUGAUACCAGUGAUGCAGAAUUUCAGCGACAAUCACAAUUUGUUAGUACAAGUGUACAAAAAAUAUAUCAGAAUGUUUCUUCGAUGAAUCGAAUGGUGAAUCAAGUUGGAACGGCCCAGGAAACACCUGAAAUCCGACAACAAUUACACCAAAUUCGAAGUUACACACAACAAUUAAUCAAAGAUACAGACACAUCAAUGAGAGAAAUAGUAAAUUGCAAGGAUCGUCAUUUGAAAAUUCAAAGAGAUCGUCUUGUUGAUGAGUUUACAGCAGCAUUAACCGCCUUCCAAGCAGUACAAAAGAAAACUGUUGAAUUGGAGAAAAAUGCAAUGCGACAAGCAAAGGCUGCAAAUGUUUCGAUCCCAAAACCACCAGGAUCAAAUAAAUCGACAAAUAAUAGUUAUCCAGAGUCUUCAAGUGGAUUUGAAAAUAAUUUUAUCGACAGUAAAAGCCCAACUCAAGCUCAAAUGCAAGAUGAAGUUGAUUUACAAGCGCUUGAAGAGCAAGAGAGAACAAUUCGUGAACUUGAAGAAAAUAUCGUGGGUGUAAAUGAAAUUUAUAAGAAAUUAGGCGCUCUUGUAUAUGAGCAAGGAAACACAAUUGAUUCAAUUGAAGCUUCCGUCGAGAAUACCAGUGUCUUUGUUCAAGAAGGUACCGAGCAACUUAGGAGAGCAAAUCAUUACAGCACUCAAGCUAGAAAGAAAAAAAUUAUUUUAGCUCUUGUGUUGGGUGGAAUAUUGGCUGUUAUUCUUCUUAUGAUAUUCUGGAGAUCUUAAAAUAUCCUACUUCGAAAUGAUGAUGUUGAUGAUGGUAAAUUCAUGUUAAAUUAUUAUUUGUAAAACAUGACAUUAAUUGAAAGUCAUCUACUCAACAUUAAUCUUAUUAAAUUAUGUAUUUUCCUUUAAUUUUGUAAAACAAAAUGUAUAUUGUUGUUAUCACCAAAAUUAUCACUUAAUUACCACUAAAUGAACAAGACGAUGAGUUUCUUCAAUGACGUUAGAUUGUGGCUUCUGUUUUGUAUGAAAUGAUGAAAAAUUAAUGUAACGCGUCAUCACUCAAAAAAAUAAAUUAAUAAUUUUUAAAUUCCAUUAUCUAA